UCGAAAAUAUAACAAACUCUUGUGAUUUUUCUAGCAUUAUGACUUAUCUAGGGUUCAAACGAUACAGCAUGGUAAAUAGUUCAUUUGCAAUGUUGAUUAUUUGUCUGAUUUCAAUGACCGAUUCAUUGCCUGACGAUGGUCUUUGUUCCCAAGUUUAUCAAAUGCAUGAAUAUUGUACAAGACAGGUCACAUUACGCUCGAAUUCUCGACCAGACCAUGCUCACGCAGGGCGAGUUGGUAAAGCGGGACCACGUGGACCACCAGGCAUAGUUAACUAUACAAAGAUAGAACAGGAAAUGCAGAAGAAAUUCAACGCAAUGGAGGUUCGUUUCAAAACCAAGAUGACCAACAUCGAGGAAAAGAUGUUGAACAACACAUCUGAGAUAGAAAGAAAAUUUUCAGAAUUGAUUCGUGUGGCUCAAGAAUUGAGACCUCUAACUUUUUCCGACUGUGGAAAAGUAACUAAGAAUGAUGCAAAAAUUUGGAAGGAAACCGGUGGAGUUUUUGAUAUUUACCCAGCUUACUCAAAGCUUGAAGUAUUCUGUGAUCUAACAACUGACGGUGGGGGUUGGAUGGUUUUCCAACGACGUUCAAGUGGCUCAACGGAUUUCUAUAGAACUUGGAAUGAAUAUGUAAAUGGAUUUGGAAACAAAGAUGAUGAAUUUUGGUUUGGCCUGGAGAAUCUUCAUCGUCUGACUCGUGAUAAUGACUACGAACUUCGUAUCGAUUUAGAAGAUUGGGAAGGAAAUAGGAAAUAUGCGAAAUAUUCAAACUUCAAAAUAGGAGGACCGAAAUCGAAAUAUGCACUCACCGUUGGAGGGUACACUGGAGACGCGGGAGAUUCUUUGAGUGGCCACAACGGUCAUAGAUUUUCGACUAAAGAUCAAGACAACGAUAUACAUUCUGGGAAUUGCGCGGUUUCUUAUAAAGGGGCGUGGUGGUACACAAACUGCCAUGCAAGCAAUUUAAAUGGUCAUUAUUUCCAAAGCGGAGUUCAAGAAUCAUUCGCAGAUGGCUUGGUAUGGCGCAGCUGGAAGAAAAACUAUUAUUCUCUCAAAUUCACAGAAAUGAAAAUUCGACCAAUUUAACAAUUUCUAACCACUGUAUAAGAGCAGACCAUGGAUUGACUUUCUAGAUUACAAAUCAGCUAGUAUUGAUAUUUCAUCAAAUAAUAAUUUUCUUCGCCUUGUUUUUUGUUUUGAAUUAUUAUCCCACUGCGUUGGCUUCCAGUUUUAAUAUAAAUUGACCAGACUGAAUUUAUAUUAUAUAACAAAAUGAGUUCUGUUAGUGUCGGAAGAAAAUAGAUGAUUAAACAUUCUAUGUGUUGUUUGUGUUCGUUUUGGAUACUUUCUAACUUCGCUCGUUUACAGUUUCAACCUACAUAGACCAGACUGAAACUAUAUUAGGAUAACAAAUUACAUACAUAUAUAUAUACAAAUUAAAGACAUAGGGAUCAUAUUCACAUAAAGGCUUUCUUAUGAGUGGACGCAAUAUCCCUAAUUAGUCAUUUACUUCACGUUAUUCUUCUGUAAACAUUUGUUUUUCAAAGUUGAAGUUUGAAAAAGUCAAUUAAAUAGUACAGCAGUGCUCUAAUAAAGUGGUUUUCAACCGGAAUUCCGCGGCAUGUCAGGACUUCCGGGAGAUUUCAUUCAAAUUGAAAAUCUGUAUGUUUUUAUUGUUUAAAUAUAAUCAAAUACCUUUAGGUUUGCCACCCGUAUUAAACUU